AUGAUCUCUCUGUAACAAAUUCAUCACCCCCUAAAACUAAACUAAACUAAACUAACAAACAAACAAACAAACUCUCAAAUAUUUUCCGAUCAAAAAAGAAGAAAAAGAAAACCAAUUGAAGUAAGAGAGAGUAAAACUACGAUCGUCGGAGAAAUUAUUCCGACGAGCGUAAAUUUCACGAGUCAACCUUAAAGAAUGUUGUUUGAUGAGUACAUUGUUGGAGGAUUCAUUGCGUCGCUGUUGGCCGUCGCUUUUAUAUGGAGUCGGAGGAGAGAGAAUAAAUCAUUGCCGGAAAAUGGCGUCACCGCUGUAACAACCACCGUUGCUGUCGCCGGAGAAUGUAGAUCUGAUUCUGACGUCAUCAUCGUCGGUGCUGGCGUAGCCGGUGCUGCUCUCGCCCAUACUCUCGGAAAGGAUGGAAGGCGAGUGCAUGUAAUAGAGAGAGAUUUAACGGAGCAGGAUCGCAUUGUUGGUGAGCUUCUACAACCAGGUGGAUACUUGAAGUUAAUGGAGUUGGGACUUGAAGAUUGCGUGGAAAAAAUCGAUGCACAACGUGUAUAUGGGUAUGCUCUCUUCAAGGAUGGGAAGAACACUAGACUUUCUUACCCUCUGGAGAAAUUUCAUGAUGAUGUGUCCGGGAGAGGGUUUCACAAUGGGCGCUUCAUUCAGAGGAUGAGGGAGAAAGCUGCUUCUCUUCCCAAUGUGCAGUUGGAGCAGGGCACAGUCACCUCUCUUGUUGAAGAAAAUGGUAUAAUUAGGGGUGUGAGGUACAAGAACAAAGAUGGACAGGAGCUAUUCACGUAUGCGCCUCUGACGAUUGUAUGUGAUGGUUGUUUCUCAAAUUUGCGUCGCUCACUAUGCAAGCCUAAGAUAGAUGUGCCUUCAUGCUUUGUGGGACUUGUUCUGGAGAACUCUCAACUUCCUUACGAAAAUCAUGGACAUGUUGUUCUAGGAGAUCCAUCCCCAAUCUUGUUCUACCCAAUCAGUAGCACUGAAGUUCGAUGUCUUGUCGAUGUUCCAGGAGAAAAAGUUCCCUCUCUUGCUAAUGGUGAAUUAGCCAAGUAUUUGAAGACUGUAGUGGCUCCUCAAAUACCUCCUGAAGUGUAUGAUGCCUUUGUCGCGGCUGUUGAUAAAGGAAACAUAAAGUCAAUGCCGAACAGAAGCAUGCCAGCAGCUCCUCUUCCUAAGCCAGGGGCCUUAUUGAUGGGAGAUGCAUUUAACAUGCGCCAUCCUUUAACAGGUGGAGGAAUGACUGUAGCUCUGGCUGAUAUUGUUGUACUGCGGAAUCUCCUUAGACCACUGGAAGAUUUGAAUGAUGCACCUAGCCUUUGCAGAUAUCUAGAGUCCUUCUACACUCUGCGUAAACCAGUGGCAUCUACGAUAAACACGUUGGCAGGUGCUUUAUACAAGGUUUUCCGUGCUUCUCCAGAUCAGGCUAGAAAAGAGAUGCGCCAAGCUUGCUUUGAUUAUCUGAGUCUUGGAGGCAUCUUUUCAAAUGGACCAAUUUCUCUGCUGUCAGGGCUGAAUCCUAAGCCAUUAAGCUUGGUUCUCCAUUUCUUUGCUGUUGCCAUAUAUGGGGUUGGUCGCCUACUACUGCCCUUUCCCUCUCCUGCACGCUUAUGGAUCGGAGCCAGAUUGAUUUCUGGUGCAUCAGGAAUCAUAUUUCCAAUAAUUAAGGCAGAAGGUGUGAGAAAAAUGUUUUUCCCUGCCAUUGUUCCUGCUUAUUACCGAGCUCCCCCUGUUAAAUCAUGACCUCUUAAUUGGUUGACACACUGGAAAAGUAGGGAUCGACUGCCAAAUUCAUAUACUCAAUUGUUGUCUCUGUAUUGUGGUCUUCUUUUCUUGGUUUGAAAUAUCAGAGAAAUUUGGAUUGAAGGUGCAAUUUUUUUGACGUGUAUCAUCUUGAUUAUGAUGUUCAAAUUGUACAUAUCCCAAUUUGUAUUAGUUUAGGAUAUUAGAUGUUUUUUAACAGUUCAUUUCUCAUUUGGAUCUUAUCAGAUGUUGAUUGUUUUUAAGGGCAAUAAUCUAAAGUUUGUUUUUAUU